AUGUCGUCGGUAAAUUCUACAACGAUUUCAACAGAUCGAGUCGCCAAACAACGCGGAAUUCCCACAAGAUGCAAUUGCGGUGAGAAAGUGUCUCGUUUCACUUCGAAAACUGUUCAAAAUCCGGGGAGAUUAUUUCAUACUUGUCCUAUGGGAUCUGAGAAGGACAAGACCCACUUGUUCAAAUGGACUGAUGAGUCGGUUGUCGAGGAAAUUGAAGACUUCCAAGACCUGUUCGAUGUGCUGCUCGUUGACAAUUCCGAGUUUCAGAAAUCGUUGACAGCUUCUGAGACAAUGCUGAAGCACCAUGAGAGUAGAAUUGAAGAGGUGGAAGCUGCACUUGCACGAUCUGAAGAGAAGACAGUUGAAUGCAUUAACGAAUUGAAGAUCAUAAAAGCUUUGUUCGUGUGUUGUUUGGUGAUUGUAUUCAUGUUCCUUACCUAUCCAUGA